AUGGCUGCGCCCAUGAGUGUGUACAAGUCGACAAUCACAAUGUUUUCUCCCAGUUUUAGUUGGGAUUAUUCCUACUUGAAAUUUUUCUACCCAAGCUUUGAAACCAGGCAAUUUGGGAAGCUUAUGAGUCACUAUCGUUUUGUACAUGCACAGGAAAAUGGAUUUUCCGUUCUGUGUUCAAUUGAUGGUUGUGAGAAAAGUUAUGGAAAUAUAGACUCAUUUUUAAAACACAUUAAGAGAAAACACAUUGCAUUUCACCAAACACACAUGUCAAAAUGGAAAGAAGAUAACAGAAAUGCAGAUAUUUUGGAAUCACUAAUGGAAGUAAAUGACGAACAUGACAUUGAUUUGAAUAUGGCAGAAGGGGGAGUAGAAAAUCAAGGAAUGGAUGCUGAAGUUGAUUUUCAAAAAAAAAUAUGUGUAUUUCUUCUUCAGUUAAGAGAAAAGUAUAAACUUCCAGCAGUUGUCAUACCACAAAUUGUGAAUGAAAUCAUUAUGAUAAUUUCUCAUCAUCAAACACAUUAUUUGAGGUCUCUGAGUCAAUUUUUAGACGAAAGGCAAAUAGAACAACAUGAUUCCCUAGCUCUUAAGGCUCUGUUAGAGGAAAGUUCUGAAAUUGAAAAUGCUUUGAGUAGCUUAGAUUCAGAAUACAAAAUUAACAAAUUUGCCAAAACCAAGCUAGGCUUUGUAAAACCAAUGGAAAUCAGACCUGAUAGAGCAAGCAAUGAUACAUACCAAUAUGUCCCCAUUCUUGAAACUUUAAAGUCAUUACUAGCACAUGAUGAUAUUUUUUCAUAUGUAAUCAACAACCACAAGUCUACAGAUACUAUUUUGAGAGACUUUUGUGAUGGAGAUAUUUACGCGGAAAAUCAAUUUUUUGCUGAUAAUCCAAGUGCAAUACAGGUUAUGUUUUACUUUGAUGAGUUCACAGCAGUUAAUCCCCUCGGACAUCAAAUUAAAAAUUAUAAAAUUUGUGGAUUCUAUAUGCUUCUUGGUAACUUGCCCCCAAAGUUUCGAUCCCAACUCUAUUGUAUACAACUUGUAGUUCUCUGUAUGUCUCAUACAUUGAGGAACAAUGGAUAUAGUUGCAUUCUAGAGCCACUCAUUAAUGAUUUACAUGUGUUAGAAAAUGAGGGAAUAGUCAUUUCCAAAGGUAAUCAAAAUUACACACUGUAUGGCACAGUAAGUGUUACUAUUGCAGAUAAUCUUGGUGCACACAGUUUAGGUGGCUUUAUGGAAUCUUUCAACACUCUAAGAAACUGUAGGUUUUGUUUUAUAUCAAGAGAUGACAUGCAGAUCAAGUUAAACUGCAGUGGGUUCAAUUUCAGAACUAAAGAAAUGUAUGCUGAGCAAUUAAGAUUAGUGCAGGGUGAUGCAAAUCUUUCGUCUGUGUAUGGCAUAAAAGGUGAUUGUGCAUUGAAUAGUUUAAAUAAUUAUCAUGUUAUAAAUGGGAUGCCUUCAGACCUUGCCCAUUAUUUGUUUGAAGGUGUUGCUUGUGAUGUAAUGACAAACGUCAUUAAACACUGUGUAACAGAAGGUUACUUUACCUUAGAAUAUCUUAAUGAGCAGAUCACAAGAUUAACAUUUUCUGAGGUGGACAAGGCAAACAAGCCAUCAAAAGUUAACCAAGUAUUAAGAAAGUUUAGUGUCAAACAAUCAGCAUCUCAGAAUUGGUGCUUUCUACGUCAUUUACCAUUACUAGUUGGUAAUGUUGUCCCCUUUCAUGAUGAAAAAUGGGAAUGUCUCCUGCUUUUAAUGGACAUGUUGCUUUAUGUUUGUGCACCAGCUUUUGACAGGGGACACAUUUUAGUUAUGAGUGAUGUGAUUGAAGAGUUUCAUGAAAGCUAUCGCUCAUGUUUUCCAGACUGCACAUUUAACACUGGAAAUAAUUUCCUCUCAGAUAGUCGAAUAGAGUCAACAAAGGGGACAACAGUUCCGAUUUGUCUUUUAAAUGAUGAUGUUCAGCAACUGCUUGAUCAAAUUUUGCAUGGCAAUGAGGUUUUUCUUUGCGAGUCUGUGAAAUAUUUAGGAAUUACCUAUGUUAGAAACACUUGUGUAAUCACAGGUGUUCAUGGUGCACUGUUCCUGUUCAGCAAAAUUGUAGACUGUGCUGUAAUUCAUGGAACUCCCUACUUAAUAUGUAAAAAACUAAGAACAAGUCGAUUUGAAAGGCAUUUUCAUGCAUUUGUUGUUUCAGAAACAAAUGAUUGUGAAAUUCUAAAAAUAUCAAAUCUGACAGAACCAAAUCCACUCGGUAUCUAUGAUGAUCCUAGAUACCAAAUAGGUCAAGAAAAACUAGUUGUCCCAAAAUACAAAAUUAUCAAUUAA